AUGGCGAGCUCUGAUGUGGAUAUAGGCGCGCUGACGGAAGAGCAGCAGCUGGCACUGCAACAGUUCACCUCCGUGACAGAUCAGAACAUCGACGCCGCAGUGCCACUACUGGAGCGAUGUCAAUGGAACGUCCAGAUCGCGAUAGCUAGGUUCUUCGAUGGCGAACCUCCCGAGCCAGUUGCCGACUCUAUACCAGAUACUCCGUUGCCGCAAGACGUUAGACGGCAGGAAACGCUACUAAACGGCUUCUCGCGCCCGUCUCCUUCCCUACGAAGGGACAUCGACCCAGCGCCUCGAGUAGUACCCCAACCUGAGGGCCAAGUCACGCACCAGGCGCCCUUCCUCCUUUCCAUACUAUUUAUGCCUUUCAACCUAGCCUAUACCAUACUUUCCAGAACCCUUGGCGCCGUCGGAUACCUCUUCCCCUUCCUCCCCCGUCUCCUAGCGAGGUUCUCAGCCAACCGAACCUCGCCAACGAGACGGAGCAACACAAGCGGCCGGCGACCACUGAACCCACGGGAUACAGCAGCGCGUUUCAUCCGCGAAUUCGAGGAGGAAUACGGCGCCAACGAGCUUCCGUUCUUCGAGAACGGGUACGCGCAAGCGUUUGACCUCGCAAAGAAGGAGCUCAAGUUCCUCCUGGUCGUCCUGGUCUCUCCAGAGCACGAUGACACUACAUCUUUUAUCCGAGAUACCCUCCUCUCCUCCGAAGUCGUAAACUUCAUCAAAUCCCGGCGCGACAAUCUCGUCCUAUGGGCAGGCAACGUCCAAGACUCCGAAGCCUAUCAAGUCUCGACCGCCCUCAACUGCACCAAAUUCCCCUUUACUGCCUUAAUCGUCCAUACGCCCUCCGUAUCGUCCACCUCCAUGUCGAUCGUCGCGCGCAUAACCGGACCGACUCCCCCAUCCACAUUCGUUUCGAAGCUACAAAACGCCAUGGCGCAGAACUCGGAGGCACUGAACAGGAUGCGCUCACAGCGGGCAGAGCAGCAAGCGGCGCGCAACCUGCGCGAGCAGCAGAACUCAGCAUACGAGCGCUCAUUGGCGCAGGAUAGGGAGCGCGCGCGGCAGAGGCGAGAGGCGGAAGAGGCGCAGCGGCGUGCGGAAAAGGAAGCGGAAGAGAAGGCCGAGGCCGAAGAGCGGGAAGCGCGGAAUUUGGAGCAGUGGCGGCGGUGGAGGGCGCGGGCGAUACGGGCAGAACCGGGACCGGAGGCAAAGGACGUGGUAAGGAUAAGCUUGCGCAUGCCGUCUGGCGAGCGCGUUGUUCGCAAGUUCGCGCCUGAGGCGGGGAUCGAGGAGUUGUAUGCAUUUGUGGAGUGCUAUGAUAUACUGCAGCCGGAAGACGAGGCUGCUUUCGAUGCAAGGAAGCCAGCGGGCUAUGAACACGAAUACAAGUUCCGCCUUGUCUCGCCGAUGCCGCGCGAAGUCUACGAGCUGGAGAAGGGAGGCACGGUCAAGGAGCGGAUUGGGCGUAGCGGCAAUCUCAUCGUGGAGCGCACCAUCGACGAAGAUGAAGCAGAUGCCGAGGAGUAG